AUGCGCACUUCCGAAGGGCUGGAGAGGCUCAGCAUCGACGGCAGCCCUGGUCCCGGGCCUCGUCCGCCGUUGCCCCGGGCGAUGGAGACGGACCGAGCGGCCGUGCCGCUUCCAGGGAGGAAGAGAUUCAUCAUCCCCCUGGAGGCGGAAGACCCCGGGCCGGUGAAGCCGCUGUUUAAGGCGGGAGCCGCCCCCCAUCCCACCGGGGACCCGGUUCCCCCAGCCUCCGACCCCUCGGCUGGUAGCACCGAUGGGACCUCCACCGUGAAACCCGGCACAAGGAGCAGCAGCAUCAUCGUGAGCCCCCGACAGCGGGGAAACCCGGUGUUAAAAUACGUGCGGAAUGUAACCUGGCAGUUUGGGGACAUCGUACCCGACUAUGUGCUGGGACAGAGCACCUGUGCCCUCUUCCUCAGUCUGCGCUACCACAAUCUCCACCCCAACUACAUCCAUGAGCGGCUGCAGGGCCUGGGCAAGACGUACCAGUUGCGGGUGCUGUUGCUGCAGGUGGACGUGAAGGACCCCCGGCACGUACUGAAGGAGCUGGCCCGGAUGUGUCUGCUGGCGGAAUGCACCCUCAUCCUGGCCUGGAGCCCCGAGGAAGCCGGCCGCUACCUGGAGACCUACAAGGCCUAUGAGCAGAAGCCGGCCGACCUGCUGAAGGAGAAGCUGGAACAAGACUUCCUGUCGCGGGUGACCGACUGCCUGACCACGGUGAAGUCCGUCAACAGGACAGACAGCAUGACCCUGCUUUCCACUUUUGGGUCCCUGGACCAGCUUGUGGCCGCUUCAGCAGAGGACCUGUCCCUGUGCCCGGGCUUCGGACCCCAGAAGGCCCGGCGACUCUUCGACACCCUGCACGAGCCAUUCCUGAAGGGGUCCCGGUAGUCCCCUGUGACCUGUGGCGCGUCCAAUAAAACGUGUGUGCACCUGU